GAAGAGGCGGCAGUUUUUUGUAUUUGGAUUUUGGUGUUUUGAUUUUCCUACGAAUUUCCUCUUAUAACUAAGGGAAGUUAAGAUUAUAAACCAAAUCAUGUCCGUCAACGGCACUAGAAGCAGCCUGCGAAGUCAUGACCGAAAACUUCACUAUCGUGCUUUACUCGAAGACUUAUCUACAUUAGAGGAUGAAAGCGAUAAUCAGAUGCGUAUACAGAAGACAGAGAAUGCUGUGCGUGAAGUACAGUCCCUGUUAGCUGACGGUGGAGUUGAGGAGAGAGUGAAGCAUCCUGGUGAGGGGUAUUUAGACUCGAGAGUUCUACGAGCAACAAGUGACUUAGCAGUAAGAUGCUCAGAGUCAGUUAGCGGCAAUGCUAACUUGUACGACCGACACGAGUUGGCACAACACAUUAAACACAAUCCCAGUUUUUGGGAGUUCAGUUUUCCCUCGGAGGUGCCAACACUGUCGUACUUGUACGGUACAUUCGCGCCCACGCCGCUGGAGCAGAGGCCCAGGGCUCCAAGACGACAUGUGGAGCGACAACAGGCCGCGGCUUUGAAGGCGCCGGAAUCCGUUGACAGGAUAGAGAAGACAGAGGAGGGCAGCGAGAUGGUGAGCCGCGUGCACCGGUUCGUGAAGACGGCGUGCGGGCGCGGGCCGCUCAGCUACUUCCACUGCGCCAUAGACCCAACCAGCUUCAGCCGCUCCGUCGAGAACGUCUACCACCUGUCCUUCCUCGUGCGAGACGGCCUCAUCUCUGUGCAGCUCGAUGAGGAGCACGGUCUACCGUUCAUAAAGCCUGUGCCGGCUGAGGAGAGAGACGAGACGAUACCCGAGAACCAGUUCAUCGUUUCGCUAGACAUGAAGAGGUGGAAGGACCUCGUUGAAGCUUUCGACAUCAGAAAACCCAUGAUGGUAUUAAAGAGGCACUGACUUAAAGUGGUCAUGUUUUAUAGUUGUUAUUACUUUACUAACGAAAUGUUAGAAGCCAUUGAAGAAAAGGAAUUAUAAAAAUUUAAAGAUUAUCCAAUAAUAUGUGAUUACGAAUGAAAGAUUGCUAGACUUCAUUUUGGUAUUUUAAUCUAAGUAGAGAUUUUAUCCAGUCUGGUUUCUAUCAAUUACUAAGGCCGGUAUAAAUAGUCAGUACUUAAGAUGCGAUCCGGUCU